AUGGACAAGCUCGCGCGGGGCAAGUCAGCCGGCUCGCGGCGGAGCAAGGACUUUUUGCUCCGGUUCUUGGAGAAGCGCAAGGGCUUUCUGCAGGACGUCGCCGCCGAACAGGAGCGGCUGCGCAAAAUGGCGGAGAACGGCCUGAUCGACGGCAGCGACGGGCGCCUCACCGCAGACGGGCAGCGGAUCUUGAUCGAGGACGCGGGCCACCGUUGCACGGACGACCCCACGGAGUUCCAACGCUGGCACCAAUCGCGGCUGGACGGGGCGGUCAUCGGGAAGGACUUAGAGUUCAAGGACAAGUCCGACGAGGAAAUAAAGAAGAUCCAGGAGAAGCGGCAAAAGGAGUACGAGAAAAAGGUCAAGAAUGGCGAGAUCCAGCCGCCCAAGCCGAAGACCCCGGAAGAGAUCGAGGACGCCAAGUACAUGGUGUACCGCUGCGAAGACGGGAAGCACCCGGUCACGGGCGAGCCCGUGGCGCCGGUGCCCCAGUCGCUCGUCUUUGACGAAACCGGGCAGGAGAUCACUUUCGCGCGGAAGAACGACCCCCGGCAAACCGAGAACAACGCGCGGCUGAAGGAAAUCGAGGAGGAGCGGAAAAAACUGGGCGAGCCGAAGGGGAACGUGAAAAAGAUUCAGGACUGGGAGAAGGAGGUGGAAAACGACGAAAAAGAAACCGACGUGACAAAGAAGAAAAUGGGGGCGAAGAGCCACGAACGGCGGCAGCAAAUCGCGCGGAUGAAGGACGGAGAAGCGGAUAUGGAGAAAGAUAAAGAUGGGAAGCGCAAAGAUGGGAAGCUGGAUGUGCUGCAAUUCGGCGACAAGGGGAAGGCGGACAAGCGCGAAAUGAAGGACUUUGGUGUGGUGAACCUGACGCCCGAGGAGCGCGAAGACCUGCGGAAGCGCGAGGCGCUGGACCGCGAGGAGCAGGAACUGAAAAGGGAGCACGAAUAUGGGACCGAUACCGGGCAGAUUGCACUAGAGGUGGUCCGCCAGCACAAGGAGCAGCGGAAGAAGGACGCAAAGGACGGCAACGGCGGG